CAGUGAACAAAGUAUUAGUGAUCGCAUACACUUGCAAUUAUAAACUGUAAGUACAGUUUUUCUUUUCCUAAUUGAAUGAUAAUUCAAGUUUAAACGACAGAACUACAUCCAACACCAAUUGCAGAAAUCUUAUCAGUUAGCAAAAACUAUCGUUUAACCUGUUUAUCUCCACGGCAUGGUCGAAGAUAGACAGGGACGUACUCGAAUUAUUUCAAAUUGACUUAAUUUUCUGCACACUAUACCUGGAACUUCUGACUACAGAAGCACCGCAAUGAAUCAUCCUACCAACCAAAGCUACUCUACAGUUCUAACACAACAAAAAUAUCCUUCAAAAAAUCAAGCUAUUAUAUUUACACCUAUCGAUGGAGCAAAACUUCAAGAUUACUUGUUACCACUGGGAGAAAUUGUUCAUCCGAAAAAUAUAAUUUUCUGCUCUAAACUCUCAAAUAAUAGAAUAUGUAUGUACCUGUCAUCUCAGGAGAUAGUUGAAAAAUUUAUGAAUGACUACAGUGGUAUUAUAGAGAUUAAUAAUGAAAUCUUACAAGCUCGUCGCUAUGUUACCCCAUCUGAAAGAAUUAUUCUAUCCAAUGUCUGUCCAUCAAUACCUCAUGAUAUUUUAAUUAAGGAACUCGAGCAUAUAGGAGUUACAAUACUUUCUCCAAUAACUUUCUUAAAAAAUAGCGCAUCAUUGCCUGAAUUUAACCACAUUUUAAGUUUCCGCCGACAAGUUUUUAUUAAACCCACAGCAUUGCCAAUUCCAGAGUCAUUCCUAAUUAAUUAUGAAAAUACUUCAUAUCGAAUUUUUCUAGUCCGAGAUAUUUUAAAAUGUUUUAAUUGUAAACAAGAAGGCCACACAUCUACUAAUUGUAAAACAGCACCUACAAGCACCAACCCCUCAGAAAUUCCAUCUAUACCAAAUCAGUCGCAGAACUCUAUAAUUGCCAUACCCGAAACCAUAACACCUUCAUCUGCAGUUACUGCAUCUACUUCCGUUGUUGUUGUUGUUGUUGUUGUGCCUAAUCCAUUAAAAAACAUGUUGUUAAAAUCCAAUGCUACUUCAAUAGAAAAUGCAAAUAACCCUCAACAGCAACAACCUAAGCAGGCUAUAGAAUCCAACGCAUCAGCUAUGGAAAUCGAUCAGACCCCGAGCAGUACAAAAAGAAAUAUCGAUGACACCCUUUCCCCACCCAUCUUAGAUGAAACAUCGCCAAAUUUCACAAAACCUUUAGACCCAACCCCGAAAAAGAAGAAGAGUAAAUCUGCAAACCUACCCGAAAAGACAUUGGAAGACUUUAUAAAAGAAAAGAAAAGAAUCCACCAUUCUUACUCGAUUACAACCAACUAACAGAACUAUUUGAAAACGUAAAGGGCUCGUCAGAUCCACUUAGUGUUACCCAAAACUACACUCAAAAUUAUGCAGCACUUAUCGAUAUGUUAACACAAAUUUAUCAAUUUCAAGGAAGAGCUGAAAAAAAUAGAAAUACCAAAAUAAGGAAGAUAUUACUGAAACACUUAGAAUUUCCACAAGGCAUAACAUCUGACA